AUGGCGACAGCAAAUGGAUAUGGCAAGCAUUAUAUGUCACUCUCUGAGACAAGCAUGGAAAAUAUCAUGAAGUCUCAAUAUGCUGCCACGAUUCUCUUUAUCUCCAGCAUGCUUUUCUCCAAACUAUCAGUCAUCUAUUUUAUCCGAAAUGUGACGCCGGCAUUCAAUCCUGAUCGACUUAUCACUGCUGGACUGGAGGUCUUGACUAUCCUAUGGGCUGGUAUUGGUAUUCUCACUGCUGCAUUCCAAUGUAAAUUGCCUCGGCCAUGGGACUAUCUCCACGGUGAAUGCAUCCAGCGUCGAAACUGGUGGAAUUAUAUGUGUGUGAUGAAUAUUGCGACCGACGCCGGGAUAAUGGCUCAUGGGAUCUUCAUCGUCGCGCGGCUUCAGAUGCGCUUAAAGAGGAAGCUCGCACUGGCGAUGAUUUUUGGAUUACGCACCUGCGUUAUUGCUGCCGGCGCUUGUCAGGCUUUUUACGCCAACCAAGCGGUUGAGUCCCCCGAUCCGACGGCUGAUACCUCGCCGUUUACCAUCUCUACCCAAGUCACCCAGUGUUUGGGUCUUAUCGCUUGCUGUUCACCUGAAUUGAAGCCAUUCAUAGAGAACCUUCGCUCGUUGGGUUUCUACGUUGACGGAAUAUCGCGUCACAGUGCUUCUGGUGCGAGAUGUAAUGCAGCGACGACGCGACCUUGUAAGCAGGAGGAUCUUUUCUGCAAUGAGCAUGAACUUCAGACCAUCUCUCCCUUGAAGAGCUCCUAUCAGGCAACAGUUACUGCGUCAUUAUCAAAACGAGACUGGGAUGAGGGAAGCCAGUCUAGCCAGGCUCACAUUAUCCACGAAGUCCGCACAUGGACUGUUACCGAGUCGGUAUGA